UGGGCAUUUAUUGUGGUGAAGCGUGACAGGGUUUGUGGCGCACACAGAAGAGGCAGCUCCCAUCAUCAUUAGCACCACCACGAUGACAGAGAUGCGGAUCUCGGCGGUUCGGUUCCCGUUGCUCGGAAUCCUCCUGGUAUGGCUGCAGCUCGGCACGGUUCCGGCCCGCAGCCCCCGCACGGUAGACCAGGUCUCUGAGGCCGAUAUCCAGCGGCUCCUGCACGGCGUCAUGGAGCAGCUGGGCAUCGCUCGACCCAGAGUGGAGUAUCCUGCACACCAGGCCACCAACAUUGUGGGGCCCCAGAGCAUACAAGGUGGUGCACAUGAGGGGCUGCAGCACCUUGGACCUUAUGGGAACAUCCCAAACAUUGUGGCGGAGUUGACCGGGGACAAUGUCCCCAAAGACUUCAGUGAUGACCACGGAUACCCGGACCCACCAAACCCGUGUCCACUGGGAAAGACGGCAGCAGACGGUUGUUUGGAAAACGCUCCGGACACUGCAGAGUUCAGCCGAGAGUUCCAGAAACACCAGCACCUCUUUGACCCAGAGCACGACUACCCGGCGCUGGCCAAGUGGAACAAGGAGCUUUUGUACCAGAAAUUGAAGGGAGGACCAAAAAGAAGAAAAAGGAGCGCCAACCCGUACUUGAUGGGCCAGAGGCUGGACAACGUGGUCGCCAAGAAAUCUGUUCCUCGCUUCUCCGAGGAGGAGAUGGAGGAGGCGUCGACGACCGUUUCUGCCGCCACAAAAUCCACCACAACCUAAACUCCCCUGCAUGUGCAACAACGUAGUACACUCUCAGAUGCACACGUUUUUAACACUAGAUAUCAAAGCAUUUUGGGUAAUACGGAGCUUAAUAGUGAGUUUAGUGAAGGAGAAUUGGGUAAAAAUAGAGAGAAAAUAAGCACUCUCCUCUCAGCUGUGAUGCUGAAUUGGCUUUCUAGAUACAGCAUCACGUGUCAAGAGUCUAUGUCACGUGUAAAAUAAAUGUUCUAUUGCUGAAUAGGUUUGUUUUGUGCACCCCAUUUCUUUUUAAAGUUAUAAACAAUUUAGUAUUUUUCUCUUUGUGGAGAAAGUUCACACACAACCUGGGGGGGGAAGUGGAACAGAUUUUCAAUUCAUCAGUUGUUUCUCUUAUGUUCACAAGAAACAAAUCAAAGACACAGGCUGAGAGGAAAUUUAAAACCAAGUCAAAGUCAAACAAGUUUUAUUCUUCAAAUCACAGGCUUCUCUGACAUGUUUCUUUCUUUUACUCUCGCUAUAUAUCUGCUAUAGAGAUUUGUCAGGAGUUAACAUGACUCCUUAAUCAAGUUAUGUGAAGAAAACAUAACUUAAAUCAAUAUGAUAAACCGCUAAAUCAUCAGCAUUCAUCAGGGUUGCUACGUUAAAGCCUCGUUAUCCUCAUCAGGAAAGUUCCCGGGCAUCUGCACACACCGCGUUUUUAAAAAUGUGUUUUGAAAUCACUUUCAACCCCAAAAUACUAGAAUAUGUGGUGUUAAGAUACCUGACGGUGUACUGUGUAUCUACAACAGCUGUAUCAUAGAAGUUGUAUAAAGAGAAAUAAUGAAUCAUGAGUUAUUAUAAUUAAUAACCAAAAAAAAUAUAUACUAGUGUUUCAUUUUAAUUUAUAAGCCGUUCUUUAUUCUGAAGCAGAGGCACAAUAUAGAUAAUACUCUUAAAGUUAACUUAAGCUUUGUGUUAUGUAAAGAAUGGUUGUUAACACAAAACAUUUACAGAUUUCUCUGACUGGAAUUUAUUUACUUGGCUGCAGUCAACACGUGUCUCCACAGGCAGAGGAAUCUCUCUCUGGAGUUGCUUCGUCUUGUCAAAUAUGUUUAUGUUCUGUUUUGUUUUGUGAAGUCAAAUAAACGAUUUAUCUGCAAUGA